GCGGCGGUUGGAACGGACUCGGGAUUAUUUUUUAUAACGCCGGGUGGGUGUGGAGACCCAAGGGCGGUUGUUUCUGGGUGGGGAAGGGAUGAAGGGGUAGCGGAAAAGUAGGGGGAGGAGGAUAAGGGCAGCGUAGCGCCCUGUUGUGUGUUUUCUCGGCCUUCUCCUCACUCAGUCAGUCAGCUUGCGAAUGCGGCUGUGUAGAGGCGCGAAGAGCAGGUGAAGCGCGCCAGGUGUUUGUGAAUGUGUGAGACUCGGCGUUGCUACUACUUGGCGUUCAUUAGCGAAUCAUCACAUCAAAAACUAGCAACUUCAAUGAACAAACAGUGAAAGUCAAACUCCGAAAAUCAGUGAGAACGUUCCAGCUCCCGCUGAAAUGGGUCAAGUAUUUGUAAGAAGAUCAACAGCUGCUCUGCUGUUCCUGGUGGCUGUCUUAUGCAUCGCCUGCGUGGCGCUUCUGGUGCUCCUCCUGGCCCCAGACUGGCAUGAUCCGGGAGGUCACAUGACCGCGGGUCCGCAAAGUAACCUCGCUCAAGUUUUUGGCGUAGCGCCGAACCACGAGCAUCGAUCCUCUCCUCCGACUCAAAGACCCCAGGCGACUAUAACGCAAAGGCACAUGACCACCCAGCGACCUCACCCAACCCCAGUUCCCUCCUCUAGCACUACCACAACGGCGGCCCCCAAGGAGCCUUGGGAAAGGGAGUAUCGCAUUCCGAGAGCCACCACUCCCAUUCACUAUGACCUCUUCCUGCACCCCGACCUUGAAACGGGGAGAUUCGAGGGUAAAAACACCAUCACCAUUGGCGUGAUUGAGCCCAUCGAUUACCUUGUGGUGCAUGUGAAGCAGAUGAAUGUGACCAAGACCGAACUCAAGGAUGGGUCGACGGGACAGCCGAUACCCUUAAACGAUGCUUUCGAGUACGAGCCCAAUCAGUUUUGGGUGGUGAGGCCCAAGGGUACAUUGCAGCCCAAAAAUUAUUCUCUGUACUUGGAAUUCGAAGGGUCCUUAGACGGGUCCAUCGUCGGACUGUAUCGCAGCUCGUAUACGACGAAAGAUGGAGAAAAGAGGUCUAUGGCAACAAGCAAAUUCCAGCCAACGGACGCCCGAAGCGCCUUCCCUUGCUUCGAUGAGCCUUCUUUCAAGAGUUCGUUCACAACCACUCUCAUCCGGCCGUCUCAGGGAUAUAUUGCUUUGUCCAACAUGCCCGUGGAGAGAGAAAUACCCGACUCGCCUUCCCCAGGCUUGACAGAGGUGAUCUUCCAGCGAUCUGUUCCUAUGGUGACGUACCUUGCUUGCUUCAUCGUCUGCGACUUCAAAUACGUGGAAGUCUCGACCAAAGAUAAUAAGCCUUUCAGAGUGUACUCUACUGCUGAGCAGCUGAGUCGUACCAAUUAUUCCAGAGAUUUGGGUGUUCAUGUCCUCAACUACUUCGAGGAAUACUUUAACCUAGAAUAUCCACUUCCAAAACAAGACAUGAUAGCCAUCCCGGACUUCAUAUCCGGCGCCAUGGAGCACUGGGGGCUCAUCACGUACCGGGAAGUCAACCUCUUGUACGAUGACAGAGGGUCGUCCUCCUACAACAAGCAGCGCGUCGCCUCAGUCGUUGCUCACGAACUUGCGCACAUGUGGUUCGGCAAUCUGGUGACCUUGAAGUGGUGGGAUGACUUGUGGCUGAACGAAGGAUUCGCAAGUUACAUAGAAUACAAAGGAGUCGCUAAUUAUGAGAAAAAUUGGGACAUGGAGGGCCAAUUCGUCGUCGACGACCUGCAGAGGGUGAUGGUCAUGGACUCCCAGCUGAGUUCCCACCCCAUAGUUCAGGCAGUCAAUCACCCCGACGAGAUCAAUGAAAUCUUUGACAGCAUCUCCUACUCUAAGGGAGCCUCCGUCCUUCGCAUGCUGGAGGACUUCAUGGGCCCAGAGGAAUUCCGCGUCGGAGUCAGCAACUUCUUGAGGAAGUUCAAGUACGACAAUGCCGUCACCAAGGACUUGUGGACUGAACUUGAGACUGUCUCCUCGGAACGUCUUGACAUCAGCAACAUUAUGGAUACCUGGACGAGGCAGAUGGGCUACCCGGUGCUCUCCGUCAAGAGGUCUGCUGUGGACUCGAAUAAGAUAGAGGUGAGGCAGAAGCGGUUCCUUUCCGACCCCCUGGCAGAAAGUCCCGACGAUUCGCCUUUUGGGUACCGAUGGGACAUUCCCGUCACUUUCGUUACCGACCUUUCUAACAAGACCCUAGUCUGGUUCCGCAGGAGUAUGGAUAAAUUGGUGAUUGAGAAGCCAGCGGGAGCAAAGUGGAUGAAACUGAACGUCGGCCAGUAUGGCUUCUACAGGGUGAACUACGAACCUUCGAUGUGGCAGGACAUUAUCGACUUACUCUUAAGCAACCACGAGGCACUCAGUGCUCCUGACAGAUCGAGUUUGCUGGACGACGCUUUCAAUUUAGCAGAAGCAGAUUUGUUGCCCUACGAGACUGUCUUGUCCUUGGUCGCUUACAUGAAGAAGGAGACCCACUACAUUCCUUGGAAGACCGUUGCCUCACACCUGAGCAAGACCGGGAGACUCCUCAGGAAGACCAAAUCCUACCCAUACUUCAGGAAAUACAUCGUUAAUUUGGUGAAGGACCACGUCGAGAGACUUGGCUGGAACGACACUGGCAGCCACCUGGAAAGGCGUAACCGUCUAGACUUGAUGGCGCUGGCUUGCAGUAAUGGCUACCAGCCUUGCCUGGAAGGCGCCUACGAGCGACUCGUCCAGUGGAUCCUGAAUCCAGAAUACUUCAUUCCACCCAACACUCGCUCGCUUGUGUAUAAGUACGGUGUUCAGAAGGCUGGCUUUGAAGAAUGGGACAUUAUGAAAGAUCGAUAUUCCUCCGAAGUGAACGCCCAGGAGAAAACAAAACUGGCUCUAGGUCUAUCAAGCAGUAAUGAAGACUGGAUUGUAGAAAGGUGGAUGAUGUUAGCCAAGAACGAGAGCAUCGUGCGUGGCCAGGACUACUUCACCGUCCUCAACAACAUCGCGUCUAAUCCCUGGAGCACACACAUCGUCUGGAGUUUUGUCAAGGCGAAUUGGCCUUACCUAGUUGACAGAUUCAGUCUUAAUAACCGGUAUUUGGGGCGGAUGGUCAAGUAUGUAUCGACGAGGUUCACAUCGCAUUACGAGUUAGAUGAACUGGAGGAAUUCUUCGCGAAAUACCCGGAGGGCGGCUCGGGAGCGCGGGCCAGGAAGCAGGCCGUCGAGGAGAUCCACAAGAACAUCGCCUGGAUCGAGAAAUACGAGGACACUCUCUACUCAUGGUUCCUGAGAAACGCUGGAAAACUGUAAAAUGCUGUGCGUCACGGGUGCACUUAUUCCAAAGCCAUUUUAAGUCUUAGAUGGUGACCUCCAAGCGUUUUCGGGGUCGUUAUUUAAAACUAAUAUUUACCGUCUUGUGGUUAUUUUUUUUUUUUUUAUAGGUCAUCCCCAAUGGGCUUGUACUCAAUUCGCCGCAAAGGUGGAUACGUAUACACCGGGUUUAAAUCCGAAGGGGUCACUAUCUAGGAAAGAUCAGAAAAAUUCAUAGCAUUUGAUAAAUCGUCGUAAAUGCAUUCGUUAUGAAUGUCUUCAUUAUGGAGUGAAUUUAUGAAAUUAAUCGGACGGUUGACAUUAAGCAUGGAACACUUACUUGGAUUUGUUAUUGCGAGUCCAGAAAAAUGCAGUGAAAAGACUUCAUUCACGAAUAACACAUGUGACCUGUAACUUCCAUGUUCCUCUGCGAAUAAAAGAUUUUCCUUUGAUUAUUCUUCUUCAAACUACGUCUAAUGAUAGAUCUGUAAACACAGGUAUAUUCAUAUCCAUUUGCCAUAGGGCAGCUAUUCGCCUGUACAUCUGGACUGUAUGCCUCUCUUAGAAUACUUCAUUGUGAUCUUUGUUAUCUAAUAGGUAAAAUGUUUGCUACUGGAUCGAAUUAUCUUACGAAGUCAGUACAAAAACCACCAUAUAUAUAUAUAUAUAUAUAUAUAUAUAUAUAUAUAUAUAUAGUAUAUAUAUUAUGUGUAAAAUUAGUGACAUACUAUCAGAUAUGCAUACACAAUACUGUAUGUGAAAACACACAAAUAUAAUAUAUAUAUAUAUAUAUAUAGUAUAUAUAUUAUGUGUAAAAUUAGUGACAUACUAUCAGAUAUGCAUACACAAUACUGUAUGUGAAAACACAUAUAUAUAUAUAUAUAUAUAUAUAUAUAUAUAUAUAUAUAUAUAUAUAUAUAUGUAUGCAUACUUUGAAUAUAGAUGUAUACAUACGUAACACAACCACCACUAUCACCCCCCGCCCCCCAAAAAAAAUGCCGUUAUCUAGCAAAAAACCAAUAUUAGUAAACCUUUAUCGUAUAAGAACAAGAGCCUCUGUUAGUGAAGUCUCGCAACUAAUGGCUCCUGUGGAUCGCAAGAUGGUGCUUCGCAUCUUGUCAGUAACUGAGAGAUCUAAUUCAUGUAUUUUAUUUAUAAGUAGGUAUUACAUUGCUGUGUGUAAACUGCAAAUGGGUAGAGAGUCUUUAGUAAACUGAAUGUGGGACAUUUUUUUUCCUUCAUAUUUCUAUUGUAUAAAAAAAGAGAACAAAGUCAAUUCCUCUAGGAGCCAUGACAGAAAGACUUCUGAUGCGUUUAUAUCUCCCAAAGAGAAACACUUUUGUACAUUGCCCGUUGGACGUUUUGAUUUGCAAUGAACUUAAAUAGAUGCGUUGUCUUGACGCCUUUGCCGAGAGUAAGUGAGAAAAACGUCCCUAAUCCUUGACCCUUUCCAUUUUGUUUUUUACCGAACGAGUUGAAAGGCUGAAACUACUUUGCAUUCCUGAGUAAAUGUUUUAUUUUAUCAUGAAAAUAUAUUUUUAUUCUUAUAUUCUCAUGUGUGUGUGUUUCCUUUAGCUAUGAAAAGACAGACAUAAUUUAGGUUGACUGGUUUUACUGUUAUUUUAUGUUUAUUUCUGAUCUGUGCAUAACUACUCUCCGUUGCAUUUAACUCGUAGUCUUAAAUCUACUCGAAUCUCCUUCAACUAUAAUUUAAUAAUGACAACCUAAGUAUUUCCUAUUCAACGUCUGUAACAAAAGAGCAAUGUUGAGUCCCAAAUCCCAAAAGCUUUGUAAUUGAACUUUUUAUCAACCUGAUCGUUGCAGAGGACAUGUAGUCAGUCCCCUUAAGUUUAGUCGAACAUUCGUUGUGCCAAGAUAAAGGAUCAGUUAGAGAUGACGAGAUUUGAAUUAUGUGAAUUUAAUUGCUUUUUGGAUAAGUUAUUAUUUACCCUUACUUAGUUAUUGCAUAACUUUCAUAACAUUCUUUUUAUUUUGUACAUAAGAUGCCAUUUGUCACUUAGAAUGUUUCAGAUACAAAUGGAUGAUUUUCCAUUAAAUGUAGAUCAGUGUACAGUUUGAUUUUAUCUGACUAUAGGAUGACUGCCGUGACACCUUGUUACCAUUGAAAUGGACUUCUGCUGUAUCAUUGUAAAAUCUGAAAUUAAGAAAAAUAUCGUACUUAAUCAUUUGUAUACCUGAUUAACAAAAUAAAUUGUACAAAAACUUAACCAGCUUACAGAUGGCAAUCGGAAACAAGGAAUCCUGUGUUCUUUUCAUUACUCUAAAGACAGGUGCUGUAGGGAACUGAAGAUUGUCAAGGCCAGAGAUUAGCACAACGUCUAUUUAUUUUUUCAGGAUUCAGCAACAGAUGCUAUAAAUUCUUUGGAAAUUGCAAAGCUCGUAUAUUAAAUUACGGAUUUAUUUCCGCUUUGUGAGUUGCAGUCAGAUAUAUGUCAGGGCUUGUCUGUUCCUCAGUUUCGGGAAUGAAGAUCAAGAUAAGUAACAAGACGAGUCAGAGGCGGUAGAUAACUUAGUGUCUAUCAAAUUGUAUGUCAAUCGUUUUUGUAUCAAAAAUGACCAAGUGGAAUAAAAAUGUGUAUACAAA